AUGACUGGUCUUUCUGCUGUGACUUUUGUCAAAACUAAUUUCUUUUCAGUCUCCUUUUUCCCCCUCUUUCUCUUUCCAUCUCUGUUUUUCUCUUUCUUUUUUCCAUCUCUGUUUUUUCCUCUUUCUUUUUUUCAUCUGUUUUUCCCCCACUUUCUCUUUUCAUCUCUGUUUUUCCCCCACUUUCUCUUUUCAUCUCUGUUUUUUUCCCACUUUCUCUUUUCAUCUCUGUUUUUCUCCUCUUUCUCUUUCCAUCUCCAUUUUUUCCCCACUUUCUCUUUUCAUCUCUGUUUUUCCCCACUUUCUCUUUUCAUCACUGUUUUUCCCCCUUUCUUUUCCAUCUCCGUUUUUUUCUUUCACUCUUCCGUUUUCCCUCCAUCUCCGUUUUUUCCUCUUUUCACUUUCCAUCUCCUUUUUUUCCCUCUUUCACUUUCCAUCUCCGUUUUUUCCCCUCUUUCACUUUCCAUCUCCAUUUUUUCCCGUCUUUCUCUUUUAAUCUCCAUUUUUUCCCUCUUCUCUUUCCAUUUCCAUUUCCCCCCCUCCUUUUUUCCAUUUCCGUUUUUCCCCCUUUCCAUCUCCUUUUUUUCUCUUUCCAUCUCCUUUUUUUACCCCCUCUUUCCAUCUCCUUUUUUUCCUCUCUUUCCAUCUCCUUUUUUUCCUCUCUUUCCAUCUCCUUUUUUUCCUCUCUUUCCAUCUCUUUUUUUCCUCUUUCUUUUCCAUCUCCUUUUUCCUCUCUUUCUCUUUUCCAUCUCCUUUUUCCUCUCUUUCUCUUUUCCAUCUCCUUUUUCCUCUCUUUCUCUUUUCCAUCUCCUUUUUCCUCUCUUUCUCUUUUCCAUCUCCUUUUUCCUCUCUUUCUCUUUUCCAUCUCCUUUUUUCCUCUCUUUUUUCCAUCUUUUUCCAUCUCCAUUUUUUUCCUCUUUCUCUUUUUCCAUCUCCUUUUUCCCUCUCUUUCUCUUUUCCAUCUCCUUUUUUCUCUCUUUUCUCUUUUCCAUCUCCUUUUUUUUCCAUCUCUUUCUCUUUUCCAUCUCUUUUUCCAUCUCCUUUUUUUCUCUCUUUCUUUUUCCAUCUCCUUUUUCCUCUCUUUCUCUUUUCCAUCUCUUUUUUCCUCUCUUUCUCUUUUCCAUCUCCUUUUUCCUCUCUUUCUCUUUCUAUCUGCAUGUUAUUCCCUUUUUCUCCCCAAUUCAUCCUUGCUCUCCACCUUUGUGCCUCAUUGACCUUCUUGCUCUCCUUCCUUCAUUUUACCUUGACAAAAAAAAUAUCUUCAACACCUACAACCACAGCUCACUUUUAACCCAGGCCUCUAUAUUCUUUCACUCACCCCUCAACCCUGAUGCCACUUUCCAGUCUUUACAGGCUUCAUCAUCUGGACAUUCCUAG